AUGAUAGAGUUUUAUGCUUAUGAAAGCUCCCUCAGUGGAACCCUUCCAUCAGAGCUGGGAAAGCUGACCAGUUUAGAACACAUGGAAAUUCACGAAAAUGCUUUCACGGGCCCUUUGCCAACAGAGCUUGGACUGAUGACCAGCAUGACUGAGCUAGAUCUGCAGGAGAAUUCUCUCAGUGGCAGUUUUCCAUCUGAGCUGGGAAGAUUGACUCAAUUGGAAACAAUGUAUCUUUCUGACAAUGCCUUCACAGCUUGCCUGCCAAGUGAAGUUGGGAUGUUAGCUCAAUUGACACGAAUGUACCUUGAUGACAAUUCCUUCACAUGUCCUCUGCCAACUGAACUUGGAAUGUUAAGUCAAUUGGAACGAAUGUACUUCCAUCGAAAUGCAUUCACUGGCACUUUGCCAGGUGAACUUGGCCUAGCAACAAGCAUGGAAAGAAUGUACCUGUAUCUGAAUGUACUCACUGGCACUUUGCCAAGUGAGCUUGGCCUAGCAACCAGCAUCGAAAGAAUGUCUCUUUAUGAGAAUUCCUUCACAGGAUUCUUCCCAUCCGAGUUUGGAAGACUGACCAGCAUGACUAGGAUGAGUCUUCGAAGCAAUUCACUUUCUGGUUCCCUGCCAACUGAAGCUGGGUUGCUGACUCAAAUGACAUUGCUAAGCCUGAGAAGCAAUGCAUUUGGUGGAGCCUUGCCCAGUGAAGUUGGACUGCUGACACAACUAUCUGGUCUGUUUCUUAACGACUGUUUCUUCUCUGGUGCCAUUCCCAGUGAAAUUGGGCUGAUGGAAUCCCUGCGGAUGCUGCACCUUCACAACAAUUCCUUAGUUGGUUCGAUCAUCUCCGAAUUGGGGCAGCUUGGAAACCUACAAGAACUGGAUCUUUCAGCGAUUCCACCCUCACUGAGAGGACCGUUUCCUUUUGAUUCCUUGCCUGGUAGCCUAGGCUAUCUGAACAUCUCUGGCAGUCCUGGUUUGGUAGGUUCCAUUCCAGAAGAGCUCUGUUUCCUUCAAAAAUCCUCUUGCUCUUAUGGCGAGGACAAUGAUCAGUGCUACAUUGACUUUGAUUGUUCCAACCUACUCUGUGGAUGUGAUUGUGAAUGUUGA